UACAAAUUUUUUUGUUACAAUUACCGAAAAAAACACAUUAAAAAAAAUAAUAAAAAUAAAAAAGAGGUCUAGUAUAAAAGGUUGGAUGAAAUAAGAGAAAAUCACUUGUUAUAACGAGGGAGAACUAUUGAGAGAAAAAUUACAAAAAGGCGUCGGUGGGAGAUUAAUCCGCAGGGAUCUCCGGAGUUUUAAGAGAGAGAAAGUUGAACACUUAGAGAGAGAAAGUUGAACACUUUGUACAUAAUAUAAUCAAUCUAAAAGCUUUUGAGGUCUGAAUUUCUUCAAGGUCCUCAACAAAUACAGGAGAGAGAAACUGGGCAAAGUUUUGGGGUGUCACCAUUAGAAGCGGCUUUCAGAGCCCCCUAAAAAAAACAAAUAUAUAUAUAUAUAUAAUAUUGAUUCAAUUGGAAUUAAAAUGGGGGAAUUUUGUGGCAGUGAUUCAGUUUCUGUUGAUAUGGAAACUAUUUAUCUUGGUGGAAAGGUUUUAAUUCUUUCUUAAAUUUAUUGAUUUUUUUAGUACAUAUGUAAUCUUGAUUGUUUGUUUUUGUGGGGUUUAUUUUUAAGUGGUAUUGUUCUUGCAUUUCUGGAUUUAUGUCUUUUCUGGGUUUUUAAUUUUGUUUUAGGAAUUGGGUUUUUUUGGAUCUUGUGGAAUUUUUUCUGGGUUUAUUGAAUUUCCCAUUGCUAGGUUGUUUUUUAUCCCCAAAAUGCAUUGAAUUGGUUGAUUGAAAAACCCUUAAUUUGGAAUUGUACAAACGAUUGGCAAUAUGCUAGUUUAGGAGUUGCAAUUUUGUGAUUCUUCCCACCAUUUUUGGAAUUUUAAUGUCUGAUAAUUGCUUUUUUUUUAUUUAUUUGAAAUUCUUAAUUUAGUCACGUAUUUGUAAUUGAAUACCAUUUGUGUUGUUUAACUAACUAGACUAGACUUCUACUUGAUUUUUGCUAGGAUAGCUCUUUUCCCUGAAUUGCUGACUUUUCUUGUUUUAUGUUAUGUUGGGACAAUUAAUGAGGUUGGUAAUUAUUGAAAUAUAUUACUAUUAGUUUUGUUGCUGUAAUUGUCACUCUAAUUACAUUUGGGAAUCUCAUUUUCGGGUUUCGAUUUUCGGGUUUUGAUUAUCAUUUGUCAUAUAUAAUUUGCACGCUUAAGCCUAACAGGACGUUUAAUUGAGGACUAGGGAGUGAUUGUAUUGCGUGAUGAUACUCCGAGUACAUAAGACAAUAAACAGCUAAUGCUCUUGAAUUUACAUUAUUCUUUAAUCUAUACUAUAUGCUUUUGACUUUAUAAACAACUAUUCAUAUCAGUAAAAGUUUUUUUCCCUUAAAAUUUAAUGUCAGCUUUUAUAGAAUCUGUCAUCAUCACUUUUAUUCUCUUCUUUUACUUUUAAUUUCCCCAGCAAAGUAGCAACUUUAUAAUGUAAUAGUUUGGUUAAAAUUUGAAGUAAAGCAUAAUGUUUCUGAGUUUGAUUCUUAGCCUCUUAUAGAAGUGACUGAAAGAGUAGGGUGACAUUAUUCUAUAGUAUAAGACUGAAGUUGUAUGUAUAGAUCUAGUUUUGUUUUUGGAAGUAGUCAGAGAAUUAGUUGCAUUGUUGCACAUGGAAUACCACGUACAAACAGGAUGUGGCCCUGUGUCUGUCAUUGUGUAUGGAGACAGAGAUAAGCCAGCAUUGGUUACAUAUCCUGAUUUGGCUUUGAAUCACAUGUCUUGUUUCCAAGGAUUAUUCUUUUUUCCUGAGGCCGCUUCUUUGCUGCUCCACAACUUUUGCAUUUACCAUAUCAGCCCUCCUGGACACGAGUUGGGAGCUGCUGCUUUAUGUCCAGAUAAACCUGUGCCAUCAGCUGAAGAUUUAGCUGAUCAAAUUCUUGAGGUUCUCAACUUUUUUGGGCUUGGUGCAGUGAUGUGCAUGGGCGUAACAGCAGGAGCUUACAUACUUACCCUAUUUGCUCUGAAGUACAAAGAUCGUGUUCUUGGUUUGAUACUUGUUUCACCUUUGUGCAAAGGACCUUCAUGGACUGAAUGGUUGUAUAAUAAGGUUUUGUCGAAUUUGCUUUACUUCUAUGGGAUAUGUGGCUUGGUGAAGGAAUGUCUGCUAAAGCGCUACUUCAGUAAGGAAGUUCGUGGAAAUGCAGAACUCCCCGAAUCAGACAUAGUUCAAGCAUGUCGAAGGUUGCUAGAUGAGAGGCAGAGCAUUAAUGUUUUACGGUUUCUUGAAACAAUGAAUGGGAGACCUGACAUUAGUGAAGGAUUGAAAAAACUAAAAUGUCGGACGCUGAUUUUUGUUGGGGAUGAAUCAUCUUUUCAUGCGGAGGCUCUUCACAUGAUUUCAAAACUAGACAAAAGAUGCAGUGCAUUGGUUGAGGUACAAGCUUGUGGAUCAAUGGUAACAGAGGAGCAGCCUCAUGCAAUGCUGAUACCAUUGGAGUACUUCCUCAUGGGAUACGGAUUCUACCGGCCAUCUCAGCUAAGUGGAAGCCCGAGAAGUCCUCUCAGCCCAUCAUGCAUCUCUCCAGAGUUGCUUUCUCCAGAAAGCAUGGGAUUGAAGCUGAAACCAAUAAAGACUCGCAUUUCCUUGCAGUCAUAGCAAUGGGUGAUAUUCGGGGUGUAUGUCCCUGCAUUUCCCACUCUUUCUGUUGUAAUUUUUUCAUUAUUUUUUGAAUCACGAAUGAGGGUCGUAGUUGGAAGAUUGUAGAUAUGUAGGAUUGUUUUGAUAGAAAGGAACAUAUGUAUAGGGAGGGAUUAUUCAUUCAUUUGUAGUCAUUCAUAAACGAACGGACAAUGGUUAUUUGCUUGUAAAUCUUUAGAACUCCUUUUAUGAUGGCGAGAAAUUAAUAAUGAAAGAGCAUAUUUAUGAGUUUUUA